CAAAUAUCCAACCCUACGCAUCCAGCUCUGAAAACGUUCAAAGACAUCCACUGUUUGUCGUCUUGGUGAUACCUAAUCAACAAGUGCCUGUUUAUAGUCUAUAUACGCGAAGCCGCGGUGCUACAUUCAUACUUGAACAGGCUAUACAUUAUAAAUAACUCAUUUAUUUCUGGUACACCCAAGUAACUUGAUAAGUUUCUUCUUUUUCAUGAAGGGAUGCGAAUGCACUUUGGGAAACGGCGCCUACCGGAUUGAGUCACACGUAUGGUGAACAGCCAGGCAUGCCGCUCUUGCCAGCAUUUGUUUCUCCUGGUCUGCUGAAGGCGUGAAACCUCGCCAUGCUGUGGAAGAGCAUUGCCAUUCUCUCAGUUGUUCUGUUGUGUUACAUACUCCUGUCAGCGACAGUGUUUCAUUAUCUGGAACAGCCAAAUGAAAUCAAUGUGAAAGAAAAGACACGGGACUUUCACAUGGAAUUCCUACGUAACUACUCGUGUAUAAAUAGUGGCGAUAUGGAGAUCUUCGUAGAGCGAGUGAUGGCGGCGUACGACAUGGGCGUGGUGGCGACAGCCAAUAAGACGUCGGUAACUAACUGGGACUUCGCAAGUGCUUUCUUCUUCACCAUGACCGUUGUUACUACGAUAGGCUAUGGCAACAUCGCCCCGAACACUUUGGCUGGACAGGUUUUCUGCAUACUCUGUGCCCUGUGCGGAAUACCUUUAUGUACUGUGUUCCUGGCAGCGAUUGGUCAGAAGCUGAGGUAUCCCAUCACGAAGCUCCAGGAGAGGAUGGUCACGAACCGAUCUCACCGUGUCUGCAGAUGUGUCAAAUUUUGUCUGUGUUUGUUGCUGGGGGCCACCCUGCUGAUCCUCCUGCCUUCAGUCAUGUUCACAUUGGUGGAGGGGUGGCACUAUGGCGUGUCCGUGUACUAUAGUGUUAUAACGCUCACUACUAUAGGAUUCGGGGACUAUAUAGCAGGUCUAAAGGCGGUGCCGUACCGUGAAAUAUAUCGCGUUGUGUCUGCUGUGUGGGUGGUUCUAGGUCUCGCCUGGGUAGCCCUGCUCAUCAGCGAGAUGACCGGGGACAUCAAUGACAAGAUCGUCAAAAAGGAAAAGAAAUGCUGUACCAAACAUGUGGAUAAACAGGACGAAUUACAGAUGGCAUCUCUCGAGUCUUAGAAAAUGUGAUAGUGAAGUGACGUGUUUGAGAUACAAGACCCCGUGUCCUCGUUCUGUGGGUGGAACUAUGGGCGCUUGGGAACCUUGAUUUUAUUGGUGACUCUUUGACAGAAUACAGUUGAAUUCAUCACCAUCCAUGCCCGUCUUCAUGUUGGAAUAGUCGAUAUGAUGUACAUAUGUACCACGAAGAAUCCAACGGACUCCACGACGAAAUCAGCCUAGCCUUAUUCAAUCGGCACAUGUUGUUGAAAGAUUUAUACGUGUUU